CGCCCGCCGGGCGGGGUUCCGCCGCCGCCGCCGGGAGCGGAGCCGAGGGGAGCCGGCCGACACCGGGCCGGGGCCGGGCCGCAGAUUUUGCAUUCCCCUCCUGCUGGCCUCCCUUCCUGCGAUGGCUGCAGGUGAAGAGAUCACCCCUGCCCUGCAGGACUCGUGGGGGGACUUCUGGCUCUUCCGCUUCUUUGUUAAUGCUGCCGGCUAUGCCAGCAUUGUGGUACCGGGCUUCCUCCUCAUCCAGUACUUCAAGAGAAGGAACUACUUGGAGACAGGCAGAGGCAUUUGCUUCCCUGUCAUCAAAUCUUGUGUGUUUGGCUCUGAGGUGAAGUCUGUACAUCAGGAUGAUGGCUCCCUGCCACCCCGAGCAGAGCCCACAGAGUCCUCCACAGCCCGACAGGUCUUCAAGCUGCUCUUCUGUGCUGCUGGUCUACAGAUUUCCUACCUCACAUGGGGUGUCCUCCAGGAGCGUGUGAUGACGAGAACGUACGGUGCCACUGAAACAGACCCUGGAGAGAAGUUCAAGGACUCCCAGUUCCUCGUGUUCAUGAACCGCAUCCUGGCCUUCACAGUGGCUGGUCUGUACUGCGCCCUCACCAAGCAGCCACGCCAUGGGGCUCCUAUGUACAAAUACUCCUUUGCCUCCCUCUCCAACAUCCUCAGCAGCUGGUGUCAGUAUGAGGCACUCAAAUACAUCAGCUUCCCCACCCAAGUGCUGGCCAAGGCCUCCAAAGUGAUUCCAGUGAUGAUGAUGGGCAAACUGGUGUCACGCAAGAGCUAUGAGUACUGGGAGUACCUGACUGCUGCCCUCAUCUCCGUGGGGGUCAGCAUGUUCCUGCUCUCCAGCGCUCCUAACAGGACGGUGUCCACUGUCACCACUUUCUCUGGCAUAGUGCUCCUGGCUGGCUACAUCAUCUUCGACAGCUUCACCUCCAACUGGCAGGACGCUCUCUUCACCUACAAGAUGUCUCCCGUGCAGAUGAUGUUUGGCGUCAACGUCUUCUCCUGCCUUUUCACUGUGGGCUCGCUCUUGGAGCAGGGUGCCUUGCUGGAGUCACUGCGCUUCAUGGCCCGCCACUCGGAGUUCACCGCCCACGCCGUGCUGCUCUCCGUGUGCUCCGCCUGCGGCCAGCUCUUCAUCUUCUACACCAUCAACCACUUCGGGGCAGCUGUCUUCACCAUCAUCAUGACACUGCGGCAGGCCUUUGCCAUCCUCCUCUCCUGCCUCAUCUACGGGCACACUGUCACUGUGGUGGGUGGGCUGGGCAUAGCCGUUGUCUUCAUGGCCCUCUUCCUGCGCGUCUACGCCCGCAGCCGCAUGAAGAAGCGCAGCAAGAAGCUCCCGCCGGGAGAGGCCCCUGUUCAAAAGGUCUAAGGAAGCUGAGGCCAUGGCAUGUAAGCCAUGCCUGCUGUUCUGCCUCCACUUGAAGGGCAUUUGCUGGAUUUUCUCAGAACCCACUGAGAAGAAGAGUGGGGUAUGGACAAGCAGGACCAGUGACUCAGUUUUCCACCUGCUUUUCCUGAGAAAGGGUCUGGAACAAGCCCGGGAAACGCUCUGGGCUGACGCAGCUCCAAACCUUUCCAUUUGCCUUAAUAGGUUAAAGACUUGCAGCCAAGGCACAGGCCUGGGGACACACCAGCAUGGGGCUGCUGGUAUUCCUGCCUCACCUCUGUCUUGUGGCUUCUCCCCAAAGUCACUGAUGAACAAGGGAACUCUUCCCUGGCACUGUCUUGCCUCUGGCUAAAGCUCCUCCAUUUCUGUUAGUACUACAGAGCUUGGCAGGAGGAAAGGGCAAGCAAAACACUAGGUUUCUUUUUGAAACACCUCUGAGUGAGGCAAGUCCCAAGUUGAGCCCAUCCAAGGGUGGGGAGUGCUCUUCUCCAUUCCAGGAGGGGCUCUGGGUAGUAAGGCACAGGCAAGGGAAGAACUCCCAGCCUGUCCUACCCCAGGCCUGGGAUCUGCUCUGGGAGGGCACUGCAGUGAAAGCCAGUACCUCCCAGUUUGGUUUUAUCAAUUCUUUACCCCUGCUCCAGGACACUUUUCUUUCCCUCUCAGCCCAGGCUGAUUUUUAUGCAGUAUCUGAGCUGGACAGUUCCCAAGGCUUGCUGAGUCUUUGAGGUUGCUUUUUGGUUACAUCUGCUGCUGUUACAGGCCAAAGGCUGCACUGCCCAGAAGCCCCAGCACCACCUCGGGCUCCCUCAGUGCCGUGGUUUCUGAGCUUUGCAGUUGCCAUUCAGACAAGCACAAACAAGCCCUCUUUUUCCUGCCACCUGGAGGCACUGGCCCUGGUUUUCCCAGGGGCUGGCCAGAGUCUGUGCCUGGAGGGCUGGGACACGGGGCAGAGCCCGCAUGCGGUGCCUUGUUCCUGCUCCACAGACAGCCGGGGAUGGAGCAGUGAAAGCUGUUCUUCCCCACAAGCCUGGGUUUUAUCUGUCAAUCCUUUUCUCAUCAACACAACCUGACUGACAAACCAGCAGGUUUUGGUACUUUUGCAAGGCAACUUUUUUCUCUUUUUAUUUUAUUAAAUUAAAAAUAUGCUGCAUAUAGUGCCAUGGGUGUAAA